AUGGAUGACAAAAAAGUGCAGUGUUUUGGCUCGCUAGAUAUAUGUGCUAAUGUGUGUGAUGCGAAGUGCCAUUUGUAUAGGAAAUGUGUGAAAGCUAAAAAGAAGUUACGCUCGAAACUUUUCGAUUUUGAUAGUUUAAGGCGAGGCGCCGGUGUAAAUGUUCAAGACGAUAAUGGUUAUACUCCCCUCCAUCAUGCCUGUUUACGUGGCCACAAAGAGAUAGUACGGUUGCUACUAUCAGUGGAUGCGUCACCAUGCGUCGUGGACAAGAAGGGUGCUACGCCCCUUCAUUUGGCGGCGUGGAAGGGAGAUGUCGAUAUUGUAGCCAUGCUCCUCAACCACAACAAUCCACCUGUCAAUGUCAAUCACGUGACCCUGGACCAAGAGACGGCGCUGUUGAUGGCAGCACAAUUCGGUUUCGUGAACGUGGUGGCUCAACUCAUAGCUCAUGGAGCUGACGUCAACAUUCGGAAUAUCAAGCAAGAGAGUGCCUUGGACUUGGCAGCGCAGUAUGGACGGUUGGAAACCGUCCAGCACCUGUUGCGAGUCCAGCCUAUGCUGGUUCAACCUUACAAGUACCCGAAUUGGAAGGUCAGGUCCUUUUCUUCCACACCCUUGCACAGAGCUAGCAAGAAUGGACACAAGGAGGUAGUCCAAGUCUUGCUGGCAGCGGGCAUAGACCCGAACAUACGCACAAACUCUGGUACACCGCUCCAUGACGCGGCCUGUUUCGGCAAGGCAUCUGUAGUAAGAAUACUGUUAGCCAAGGGCGCUGAUCUCAGAGCGUUAGACGGCCGAGGGAAGACAGUAGAAGAUCUUCUAGCGGACUAUUCGGAGGAAGCCACAAGAAGAGUCAGAAGGGUUAUACGAGAAUACGAAAGUAUGGCUCGAAAUAACUACGAGAGUGAAGAUGAUUUUCCACCAUUUCCGGUGCAAGACAAUAGUCCCACGAGCUAUCCCCAGCACCUCGUCAUGACAGCCCCAGAGACCCAGAAAGAUAUAAAUACUAGCUUAACAACUUCAUCUUCAUCACUUGUAACCCGUAAUCCAUCCCAGAGUUUCGUCAAAAAGCUUGCUUCUAAAUGCUUAAGCUUUAAAGCAAAGUUUAACUCUGCGCCUAAUAUCACUAACAUCUCUGAAUCGAAUGUAGAUAUUAAAUCAAAGUCUGAAGUAAAAUCAUCGAAUGCUUUGCAUAUUGGCAAUAGCAAGUUUUUUAAGAAAUUGUCAAAGAAAGAGGAGUCUGGUGAAAUAAAUUGCAACGACGAAUUUGACACUAUAUCCUUAGAUAGAGUUGGUAUUUUAAAUAGAGAUUCAACGGUAAAUCGAAGUAAUAGAAGUUGUCCAGGAUUUAAAACCUCUUUACCAAAUAUAUCGGAAAAUAAUGAACUAAGCGAUUCAAGAGAAUCCAUCCCCGAGGCCAAAGUUGCUGCGGAUAAUAGUUCAGAUAAAGUAAAAGUGGUAGAAGCUGUAAAUCCGGUUGCUAACCAAGAUAUUUUUGAACCUCGACCUCAAAGUAAUAGAAAGUCAGUAAUUUCUAACACGUCUGUAGAGUCGGCUCAUUUAGUAAACGAAUGUUAUGAGUCCUACGAAUUUUCAACCCAUUCUGCCGUUGUUGAAUCUAAAGAAAUAAAACAAAUAAAUUCUUUAUCAAAACCCAAACCCCCGCCGAGAAAUGUCUCUGAAACGGUCACGACUGAAACUAUUUAUGAAAAUGUUUAUUUAGAAAAAAAUAACACUCUUCCGCCAAAACCGGCACAAAGGACUCAUAUCCCGAAUACAGAAUUUCAUGUUUCUUCUAAUAAACCCACUUUGUACGAAAACAUAAUCAUUCCAGUUAGAAAAGCCCCCGAACCCCCAAAAAGAACAUAUUUUCCCCAGAAAUCCACUGAAUCAUCACCCAGUGUUAGUAGGUCGUCCACACUGUCAUCAUCAUCUGAUUCUAUGAUAGAUGAAACGAAUUUAGAAGAUAUUUUACUUUCAGAAAAAUCUAAAUCUUUUCGUCAUGGUCAGAAAGUCUUAAUCCGUAAAGAAUCAAGAUCCAGUAUUAAUAGAACUCAAUCGAAUGCUUCAGAUUAUUCCGACAUUACUGAGGCAAGUGCCAUUGAAAAUGUCGAUUGUAGUGGUGAUGCAGAUGACAGAGCAUUAUAUUUAUCCAUGACUGGUACAUUACCCUCAAAGAAAACAGACAAAACUAUUAAGAAAAAGGUUUUAUUUAGACAUAAGACCUUCACAAAUAUUGAAGUGGAUAGAAAUUCAGUAAACGUCAAAGAUCUACCAAAAUGGUCCAAUGAAUUCCUAAAAGAAACAUUAGCUCACUACCAUAUUAGGGGAACGGGACACUGCAUUUACAACGCACCUACUGUUCAAGAAUUUAUUUCGAUUUUUAAUAAAGACACUUUAGAGACUGGCACAGUUUCUACUGGUUCGAAUAAGAAAAGGGAUAGUUAUUUUGAAACGGCAAUAUGCUUUUGUAGGCCUAAACCUCCCAAGUUUCACAGCAGUGCAGAAGAUUUAUUAGAUAUUGCACCAAAAAGCGAGGAUAUAGUUACAAUUGACACGGCGGCAUUAAAAGAUAAAAUUGAGAUUGUGAAUUCUUCAUUUAGAUGUUUCUGUGAUUCGGAACAGUGCUCUUUACAUGCAAGUAAACGUGAAUCGCCCAUUGAUUUAAUCGUUAAGUUUUCUGCUAUCAAAAGAAGUUUAUCAACACCAGAUAUCACGCUAGGUACUCUUUCUUUGACACGACAAUCAGGUGGUUUAACAAAAAACAAAUCAGUACCAAUGAAUUUAGAAGAACCCUAUGCUGUAGUCACUUUACAAGAUAUUAUAGAUAGAAAUAAAUCAAAAACACGUGAAAGUUUCACUUAUGUUGAAAUGUCACCGCAUACAUCUCUCUCUUCCACUGAUAGACCGUAUUCCAUCAAAGACAUAUCUGAUGUAAUUUCUUUAAAAUCUACUAGAUCAUCUAUCGAUUCUAAAUCUCUGUCUGCUUCAGACCGUUUACCGCUAACAAAAUCAACCUCGGAACACUCUGGUCAUUGGUCAUUGCAAUCAUGUAAUUCAAAUAUCACAAUUAAGUCGGAUGCAUCAUACAAAACAUGCUUGGACGAAUCAUCAUCGGACGAUGGUUCCGAUGGUACUUUGCAAUCGGAUGAAGAAAGUUCUGAUGCAGAGACAAUAAAGUCUGACGUAAGCACGACCAAACGGCCGUGGAAGCAUAGUAACUCGUUUAGGUUUGGUAAUGCUCUCGUCAAAAGGAGCGAUGAGGCUAUCGAUGUGAUCGAGGAAGAGUCCAGUAAACUGGAUACGUCAUCCUCCAAGUCAGAGAGUGGGGUUUUGAUCGAUUCUGAUUCUUCAUCCGAUUGCGGGGAUAGUGGUGUUCCGGGGUCUGGGUCGCUUGCUUCGCUUGAGCAUGGUUCGGGGUUGGUGGGUGUUCACAGUGGGUCUCGCCGGCGCUGGGACGAGGCUGAGGGAACAAGCGAAGGUGAUGCGUUAAGCGUGUCCAGCGCUGCAUCCAGCUGCGCGCCAAUGCACCUCGCACAUCACUACGAACACAGUAAAGUCUCGCCUACCCCUCCCAAGAAGCCUCCCCGGAGGAAUUUAUCAGUCUCCCCCACCCAUGCCAACUCUCCGUCAUCUGGCUACAGCUAUGAGCUAAGAUCUCAUGCCAGAAGUCAAGAUGACUUGGACGAAAUACAGGGUUCAAAGCACUACCUCAAGCACGGUCGAUCAGUCGAUCAAUACGUUGACGGUAAACUUUCCUACAUGGACUAUGAGGAGAACCACAAUUCGCCUCGGGCGAUUCCGGUCCCAAACCCACGGCCCAGCCUCAAAACUCGCACGCAGCCGGUCGCAAUCACUGCAAUGUACGAAAACGUGGUGAUAAAAGAGCAGAAUCCAAGACGGAAAUUGAGAAGAAACAAUUUUGGACCCCAAAGCGAGGAUACGAUCGAGAGGGUCAAAAAGUAUUCGAACCAAGAAAGGUCUUCUCUGGAGAGUUUGUUGGACGAUCAGUCAAUGAACAGUCCAAGCGAUUGUGAGCGGUAUUGCGAUGGGCCGAAGAUUGAUAUUCCUCUGUCUCCAAGCCAUUAUGAACAGCCACCUACGCCUGACCA